GAUAUAUAUAUACUUGUAAUUAUUCAAGCACGCACUAUGGCGCCCAAGCGACCGGGUUCACCUGCGGACUCUGAGAGGAACGUCAAAUCCAGGAGCUGUUCAGGAAUGACCGAACAACUUUUCACCAUGCGGUUUAAAGCCAUUCUGGGCCGCCGGGCGCUCGCAAACAUACGCAUUUACAAACGAUGGGCUGUCUCACCGCUUCCGAAGCCUCUGGUGCUAUUGACGCUCAAGGACCACUUGCUGGCCUUCGACUACGUCCUGCAGCCAGUAUCAAUUAAGUCCCCCAAAUACCUGCAGGUUUGGGAGAUUCUCAAGAACCUCCUGGCCUUGCAAGCGGGCAGCAGCGCUGGCGCGGGGACGGUGUGCAUCGCUCCACCAUGUGUCAGCGAGGACGCAUCAGAGGACGAGUCUGAGAACGAGUCUGAGGACGAGCCGGACGCAGCUGGUGGCGAGCCGGAGGCCCCGGAGGAUUCCAUGGCUGGCCAGAGCACCGUGGUGGGCCACGAGGCAGCCGUGAAGGGCGAGGUCGUCAACAGCAGGUCAGAAUUCGUGCUGGUGCGGGUGCCUGGCACCCUCACGCUCCCUGUCAGGCGCGGCCUCGACGUUGUAGGCCUUGACGUCGUAGACAACACCAACGGCGCAACUCCCUUGCUCGUGGGUGAAGUCAAGGCGGUGGCGGGUUUUGAAAGGGAUAUCUGGAAGCCACUCUCGUCCGCGCUGGAGCUGAUGCAGAAAAGCCCAUCCCAGCAGCCGCAGUCGAUGUGGGUGUUCCUCACGGACGUGCACACCUGGGAUUUUGUGCGUGUGGACCGGCUGCCAUGCAGCAAGGGUAAAGCCGGCGGCGCCACAGCUCCGGGCACUGCCACAGCUCCGGGCGGCGCCACAGCUCCGGGCACCGCCACAGCUCCGGGCGGCGCCACGGUUGGCUCCACCACUGUGCCUAACACAGGCACGGUAGGCGGCGCCGCAGCGGGGGCCGCCGCUGCCGGGGCCGUACCUGGUGGCACCAAAGCGUCUGGAGUCAAGUACGCAUUCCAGCGGUUCAAGCCCGUGUUCGUAACCACCAUGGAGGCGCCAGAUGACGGCUACCUGCAGCUGCUGGCGGUUCUGCACCACAUCAUUUAUCCAGAGGAGCAGCUGGCGGACCUGCCUGCCCGUGUCAGCCGCAGCAGUGAGGCGCUGCAAGCCCGGGCUCAGGCCUGGUUGAAUGGCGCGGAGACGCCGCAAAUGCGGGCCAAGGAGGAGGUGGCGAAGGCCGAGGCAAGGGUAGCGGCGGCGGCCGAGGCAAGGGCGGCGGCCGAGGAAACGGCGGCGGCCGAGGCGAGGGUAGCGGCGGAGGCCGAGGCGAGGGGGCAGGCGGAGGCCAAGGCAAAAGAGGCUGACGAGGCGAGGGCAGCGGAGGCCGAGGCGAGGGCGGUGGCCGAGGCAUGGGCAGCGGCGGAGGCCGAGGCAAGGGCGGAGGCCGAGGCGUGGGCAGCGGCGGAGGCCGAGGCAUGGGCAGCGGCGGAGGUCGAGGCAAGGGCGGCGGCCCAGGCAAGGGUGGCGGCCGAGGCAAGGGCAGCGGCGGCGGCCGAGGCAAGGGCAGCGGCGGCGGCCGAGGCAGCGGCGGCGGCCAAGGCAAGGGUGGCGGCCGAGGCAAGGGCAGCGGCGGCGGCCGAGGCAAGGGCAGCGGCGGCGGCCGAGGCAGCGGCGGCGGCCAAGGCGAGGGCAGCGGCGGAGGCCAAGGCAAAAGAGGCUGACAAGGCGGGGGCGGCGGCUGAUGAGGCGAGGGCGGUGGCGUAGGCGAGGGCAGCGGCGGUGGCCGAGGCGAAGGCGAAAAUGGAGGCCCAGGCCACGGCGGCGCUGCAGGAUACGAUACGGCAGUUGACUGCACUACGGGCGCAUCAUGGAGGCGGGGCCGAGGGCAGCAACAGUGGCUGAGGAGCUUGGGGGCACAUUAGGUCUGCAUCAGCUAGCGAAUGUCCGCAGCACGUGAGGAUCCGGGCGUGCGGCCAUUUUGGGUCGCGCGCACGCGUGGAUGUGUGUGACUAUGUUUUUUUGUGUGUGUGUGUGUCUAUGUCUUUGUCUGUGUGAUUGUGUGUGUGUGUGUGUGUGUGUGUGUGUGUGUGUGUGUGUGUGUGUGUGUGUGUGUGUGUGUGUGUGUGUGUGUGUGUGUGUGUGUGUGUGUCUUUGUCUGUGUGUCUGUGUGAUUGUGUGUUUGUGUGUGUGUGUGUGUGUGUGUGUGUGUUAAAAAACGAAACGAAAGCCCGCCCAAUGACGCGACGGAGUUACUUACCGAUACUCACCAUUUUACCGAGCGUCGCGUGACUGUCGUGACCCAGGUAGUCAUACUUACCCGCGAUAAGCCUGGAACCCCACGGGCGACCAUUCGGCCUGACCCCGCGAUGCACCUGUAUGCGUCCAUGCUCCGCACCCUGGGCGCGCUAAACAACGUUUACCCAGCACGCCUAAUUCCCGGAUUCCCGCCCGCUGGUCGUAGUAGAGCUCACCUAUAGGCAAAGGUGGAAGCAUGGGCAUAGGGCGGCAGCGAGGAAGUGUGUGUGUGUGUGUGUGUGUGUGUGUGUGUGUGUGUGUGUGUGUGUGUGUGUGUGUGUGUGUGUGUGUGUGUGUGUGUGUGUGCGUGCGUGCGUGUGUGUGUCACAUGGGUGCCUUGACGCUUGCGACCUCGCUGGUGCGUCUCGCCGUGCGUCCCUCUGUCGUGAAUGUUGAUGAGGACGAUGAUGAUGUGUUACAGGAUUGGAAGUGUGCGUGCCUUCUUCUCGUAACGCAACUGACCGAGCCACAAGGGCUCCUCGUCUCUCCUGUCUUAACCUGUGUGAGUAUUGUGCAUACGCCAAGCAUAAGUAUUUGAUCUCAAUAGCCCGCUGCGUGACUGUUGUUGUCGCCUUCCUUGGUCUUGUGGCUUUGAUGCAAGUGGUGCGAUCUGGUGGAUUGAAGCUUAGCUGGGUGGGGUUGACAUGCAGGAUGGGGACCGGCGUCACUGGUUUUGGGACUGCACUGUUGCGCUGUCCCUGCGGGAACACAUGGGGAUGGCUAUGGGUUUCAUGCCAGAGGAUGCUCUAAGUGCCCUCUCUCGUGAGGAGUUGUGGUUAGUGUGCCCGCCUGCGGGGCUUGCACCACCUGUGUGGGAUGUGGUGUGUCUCGCUGCUAUGUCUGCCCUGGACUUUGGUCGGCAGCGUGUGGUUAUGGCCGGGCUGGCGGCGCGAGCGAAGCUGCCGUCGGCCCGGGUGCUGAGCAUUGGACUUGCCGUCGUAGCUGACUUCUGGGUUCGUCUCCAGACGUUUGUGACUUUGGGUAUCAGGCCAAAGGGUGGGACACUGUGCCGUCUGCGCAUCCUUUCAUGUCUCGGGCUGUUGGUGACGGCAUGGUAUUGCGCUUGCCGUAUGACGCUGAUUCCCCGCCUCCCUCGCCGUGAGAGGUUGUGCGUGGUUGGUGGCUUUGUGUGUGGGCAGGAUGCACGUGUGGGUGACCAUUCUAGUACCUGGACGCUUGCGCCCUGGUUAGUGCGUGCGCUGUGCGUGUGUCCUGCGGCCUGGACGUUUCCCGGCACUCCUGUGCCUAGGCUUGUGGCGGUGAGGCACAGCGGUGGGGCUCUGGCGGGUUGAGACUUGGCUAGGACUCACUGUGCGCGGAGUCACACGGACUUUGACCGCGGGAGGGUUUGCAGCAAAGUCGGGGUUGGUGGCGUCAAGUUGGGCCCUGAUAGCAUGUGAUGGCUCGCCGUCUUAGGCCUUAGGGUGCUGGGACUUUCCCCUCUGUAACAUCCGCAUUCG